AUGACUACGCUCGUCUUGAUCGUUACGUGUUUAUUAUCUAUUAUUAAAUGCCAAUACAUCAGUAUGAACAGGAAAUUAGAAUCACAUAGUGUUUCCUGCGAUAAUAACAAAACUGUACUUGUAGAACAUUUCUUUAAUGUGAUUUUCACGGAAUUCCAUCAAACACCUCCAAUAUGUGUGUGCGUGCAAAUGUGUAUUGAUCAACCUACAUAUUGUUACCCAAAUGGUUGUUUAAAGAAGGCGGAUAGCAAGAGGAACGUUGCUGAAGAUCAACCAAUCAAUCAUUCACUACAAGAAGAAACUCUACAGAGUGAAAAUAAUAAACCCGCUAUGUUUUUAGUUGAUAAACGUGAUCAUAUGACUCAUUAUCUGUCAGAAAAAUAUAUGAAUAACAAUUUGUUAACUAAAGAAAAACCAUCUGUGAAAGAUCUACACUUGGAUCCAUUUGACAGCAGAUAUAAAAUUAUAUACAGUAAUAAAAAAGUACCAAAAAUAGAAUUUAGAUAUGAUCUCAAACAACAUGUGAAUAAUAUGAAAUCAAAGUCGAUGAAAUUAGAAGCGAUAGAUAUUACAAAAACUAGAUGGCCCCUAAACCAACAUAAUAUACAUGUAAAUGGACCAAAAUCUUAUAAAACCGAAAAGAUUAUUGGAGAAAAUAGAAGGUAUGAUGUUAUUCAACAUACGGAUUUUAGAAAUAAACAUUUUUAUCCUUCAAAAUAUUUUAAAAGAGAUAUUGCAAUGAAAAACCACGGCGAAGAUAUAGAUAGGAAAACUAUAUGUCUAAUUGACAAACGGGAUUCCGAUAAAGAUAUUACUGGUUUCUCACUCGAAACUUUAAUUAAUAAUUUGAUAGAUAACAGUUUUGAACUAGCUAAUAAUACAGAAUUUGAUUUAAAUAUUAAGCGAAUAGAUCCAGAAUACAUAAACGUAAAUACCGAUUCAUUAAAUUAUACAAGAGAAGUACAAAGCAAGUUGAAUGAAGAUGCUGUUAACAUAUUUUCGAAAAAUUCUACUAACAGUUUUGAGGAGCAUAAACAGGUUAAUGAUAUGAAUUUAUUUAGAGAAGAUAACUUCAGAAAUAUAUAUAAUGAAAUGAUAGUGUCCUUAUCUAAACAAAUUGAGAAGCAAAACAAUACAAGCUUAGGAUUAAUGGAAUAUCUUGUAGAAAAUAAUAAAAAAAUUGCGACCGAACAAAUUUCUUCAACUGAAUCAGACAAAACGACAAUUAGCGUCGCAACUACACCAUCGACUGAAAGUACUUUAGAAAAAUUGGCUAAGAAUAUAACAGUUAAUGGAAGUUUAGAAAAUAGUGUUCACAUCAAACUAUAAGAAAAUCUGGCCAUGUUUUAAGUAUCAAGAAAUAUAAUUGAAGUAGUUAAUAUUUCACACAAAAAGUAGGUAAUAUCUUGAAAACAAUAUAUGAUUGUUUUUUCGAGCAAUAAAUAAAUAUUAAUAUUUUAAAUGCGCAUGGGCUCGGUUCUUAAAUUACGAAUUUAUUUAUUUUAUGAAAUUACAUGUCACGUACCGUUACUUCAUAUCGAUAGUUUGUAGAAAAUUAAAUGUG